AAACACCUAUUGAGGAAAAAAUAGUGGGCAGACGCCGCUUGAAGCUCCUGGAGAAUUUUGUGUUCCACAGUCUCCGAAGAAAAAUUGGGCGGGGAUUCGUCCGCUCAUUACCAAGUUUUCGAGGCAGUGGAAAACAAGAGUUGGGACAUGGACAGCCGCUUGCAGGAGAUCCGGGAGCGGCAGAAGUUACGGCGACAGCUUCUCGCGCAGCAGUUGGGAGCUGAAAGUGCUGACAGUAUUGGUGCUGUGUUAAAUAGCAAAGAUGAGCAGAGAGAAAUUGCUGAAACAAGAGAAACUUGCAGGGCUUCCUAUGAUACCUCUGCUCCAAAUGCAAAACGUAAGUAUCAGGAUGAAGGAGAGACAGAUGAAGACAAAAUGGAAGAAUAUAAGGAUGAAUUAGAAAUGCAACAGGAGGAAGAGAAUUUGCCAUAUGAAGAAGAGAUUUACAAAGAUUCUAGUACUUUUCUUAAGGGAACACAGAGUUUAAAUCCCCAUAAUGAUUACUGCCAACAUUUUGUAGACACCGGACAUAGACCUCAAAAUUUCAUCAGAGAUGUAGGUUUGGCUGACAGAUUUGAAGAAUACCCUAAACUGAGGGAGCUCAUCAGGCUGAAGGAUGAGUUAAUAGCUAAAUCUAACACUCCUCCUAUGUACUUACAAGCAGAUAUAGAAGCCUUUGACAUCAGAGAACUAACACCCAAAUUUGAUGUGAUUCUUCUUGAACCCCCUUUAGAAGAAUAUUACAGAGAGACUGGCAUCACUGCUAAUGAAAAAUGCUGGACUUGGGAUGAUAUCAUGAAGUUAGAAAUUGAUGAGAUUGCAGCACCUCGAUCAUUUAUUUUUCUCUGGUGUGGUUCUGGGGAGGGAUUGGACCUUGGAAGAGUGUGUUUACGCAAGUGGGGUUACAGAAGAUGUGAAGAUAUUUGUUGGAUUAAAACCAAUAAAAACAAUCCUGGGAAGACUAAGACUUUAGAUCCAAAGGCUGUCUUCCAGAGAACAAAGGAACACUGCCUUAUGGGGAUCAAAGGAACUGUUAAGCGUAGCACAGACGGGGACUUCAUUCAUGCUAAUGUUGACAUUGACUUGAUUAUCACAGAAGAACCUGAAAUUGGCAAUAUAGAAAAGCCUGUAGAAAUUUUUCAUAUAAUUGAACAUUUUUGUCUGGGUAGAAGACGCCUUCAUUUAUUUGGAAGAGAUAGUACAAUUCGACCAGGCUGGCUAACAGUUGGACCAACUCUUACAAAUAGCAACUACAAUGCAGAAACAUAUGCAUCCUACUUCAGUACCCCGAAUUCCUACUUGACUGGAUGUACAGAAGAAAUUGAGAGACUUCGACCAAAAUCACCUCCUCCCAAAUCUAAAUCUGAUCGGGGAGGUGGAGCUCCCAGAGGAGGAGGAAGAGGUGGGACUUCUGCUGGCCGUGGGCGAGAAAGAAAUCGAUCUAACUUCCGAGGAGAAAGAGGUGGUUUCAGGGGGGGCCGUGGAGGAGCACACAGAGGUGGCUUUCCACCUCGAUAGUUUUUAGGACAGUGAUCCUAUUAAUGCCCCUUUACCUUCUUUCUGAUAGUUUGAAUUUCAACUGGGAGACAUUGUUUAGAACUCUGUUCCAACUUGCACUUUGCUUUAGUUUCUCCAAGCUGCAGGAAUAUUUUAGCCAACCUCCCUUGUAGUUGUCACUGUCUGGUUUUGUCCAGAAUAAAUGAGUCAUCCUGUCUUUUGUCAUGUGCAUGUAACCGAACAGAAUGGAACAACACAAAUACUUUCAGAGACGGAAUUUAUUCUGAUAGAUUUCAAUUAAUUACAAAGGCUUUUGCUUUUUAGAAGUAAAAUGAGCAGUGAAAAAGUCCCAAUCUGGAGUAUCAUACUAGCGCUGACAGUAGUUGAUAAUGGGCAUCCUGCCACUGCUGUCACAGCAAAUGGGAAGCUGUUUGACAGCCUUGAUGGAAUGGAGUUGGGACAGAUGGUAAACUUCUCUUAGGCUUUUAAUAUUUUCUUGUUGAAACAAUAAAAAGAGACUUCUUUUUUCUUUCUUUAUGAAAAAUCUUAAACUCAUAUAAUUUGACCACAGAAGAAAUUGAGAGACUUGGAACAAAAUCACGUCCUCCCAAAUCUAAAUCUGAUUGGGGAGGUGGAGCUCCCAGGGGUGGGAAGGGAAGAGGUAGAACCUAGUAGGCAGACUUUACAAAGAGAAAAAAAAAUACUCAUUAUAAUCUCAGUUGUGCAGCUACUGAUGACUGUUAACAAUACUUCCUAAAAAACAAACAUGACAAGUAUCCAUGUGCUAGAAUUUUGGUAUGGACUUGAUCUUGGAUUGACUUUCAAAGCAGUUUCAUAUUCCUUAACAAAAUAAAAGAAUUGGAUGCAACAGAGACACCUGGUUAUCAGGUACUUGGUUUAAACAUUUUGGGGAAUAAAGUACUUGGUGAUGAGGAAAUGACAUGCAUCUUUAAACUUGUUAUGGAGAACACUUAAUGUAAAACCAAUUACAGAAGACCCUCAACUUAAGAAGAGAGCUUGGAAAAUGGAACUGCAGUUGCCUUUUAAGGGACUGGUUUCCCAGAUCAGUUAGUUGUGUGAGACUUUAUGUUGUCAUUUCUCUUUCUGUACUGUAACCCAUGUUUUAAAUGAAUUUGCUGAAUGAAAUAAUGCCAUUA